CGUGGGCGGGGGAGGAGAGUGGCGAUCCUCUGCAGCCGGACUCACCUGCAAAAACCCGGUCCACGGGCGAGGACGUCUUUCUGCAGCAUCAAGGCUGGAACGCAGUUGACCUGAAGCGGAACACCAAGAUCAUCGGUACAGGAUGGCCUCGACGCUCUCUGUGCGCAGCUACUCUGUUCGCCAGCCGUCCUUCUCCAGCAUGUCAGUGAGGGACGGCGGGCGCAGCAGCGUCCGCUCCAAAGCCCGCGUCCCCUCCCUGUCCACCGCCGGCUCCCUGUCGCUGUCCCGCUCCGUCUCGGUGGGCAACGGUCUCAACCUGCUGGGCACGGCGGGCCUCUCGCUCAACGGCCGGACGCUGGCCGCCAGCGAGAAGGAGACCAUGCAGUGCCUCAACGACCGGCUGGCCAACUACCUGGACAAGGUGCGCUCGCUGGAGAGGUCCAACGCCGAGCUGGAGGUCAAGAUCAAGCAGCUGAUGAUGGAGAAGGCGCCCAAAGGCCACGACAUCGAGGGCAUGAUGGCGCAGGCCCACGCCAUCGGGCAGGAGGUGAGGAAGAGGAACCUGGAGAACGCACGUCUCAUGCUGGAGAUCGACAACGCCAGGCUGGCGGCCGACGACUUCAGGGUCAAGUGGGAGGCGGAGGCCACUUUGUGUCAGUCCGUGGAAAGAGACUGCCAGGCUCUGAGGCGAGCCAAGUCCGACCACGACCAGAUCAUCGCCACGCUGCGAGGAGACCUGGACAGCCUGAAGGAGGAGCUCUACUUCCUCAAGAAGAACCACGAGGAGGAGAAGAUCUCCCUGAAGGGCCGUCUGUCCAGCGGGCAGGUGAAUGUGGAGGUGGAUGCAGCUCAUGGUCCUGAUCUUGGCGCCAUCAUGGCCGAACUGCGGGUCCAGUAUGAGGGCAUCGCGCGCAAAAACAAGGAGGAGGCCGAGGCUUGGUACUUAAGGAAGCUGGACGCGGUGCAGUCCGAGGUGAAGGAAAGCAACGAGGCGCUGCGCAUGGCCCAGAGCGAGCUGAGCGAGAGGCGGCGUUUCCUGCAGGCUCUGGAGGUGGAGCUCGACAGCCUUCGCAAGCAGGUCGCCGUGCUGGAGGGCAACCUGGCGGAGACGGGCCACAAGUACUCGCUGGAGAUGGAGCGCCUGCAGGCCACGCUGAGCCAGCUGGAGGACGAGCUCUCCCAGCUACGUCUGGACAUGCAGCGCAACAAGACCGACUACGAGCAGCUGCUGCGCAUCAAGCAGAACCUGGAGAUGGAGAUCGCCACCUACAGGAGGCUGCUGGAAGGGGAGGAGAUGGUGAAAGAAAUACCUCCACCUCCUAAAAAAGACCCCGACGUGCGUACCAGGAAGAUCGUCAAGGUGGUCACGCAGACCAUGAUCAACGGCAAAGUGGUGGACGAGUCCAGCGAAGUGGAGCAGAUUGAGGAGCGCAAAAAAUGAGUCCCGCCAUCAAGCAAACGUGGAGCCGGCAACAACCCUCCAACCCACAAAAAAGUGCCUUCUUGUCAAGGAAAACCUUCUUGUGUGAUGUUUUCAAUGCCAAUAAACAUCCUGACCUGCUUGCAUUGCAGUUAAAACAAAUGUACCUGGUACUACUACUACUACUACUACUACUACUACUACUAGUUAAGAUUUACAAGCAUUUUCUUCUUUAAUUUGUGAAGCAUCUACUCUAAAAUUGUCAUUUAAUAUGCAAAACAAAGUAUUUAAAAUUAGGUAAAGGAUUUUAAUAAAUAUUUAAUUGUACUAAUAUAAAAACUCAUGUUGUAUUCAAAUAUUAAAAAUA